GUGAGGAAUGGUGGAAUGACGGCAAGGUGGCAAGAGGGGGUGCGGCGAUGGGUCAUGCUGGUCGUGGCUGUUGCGGCGAUGCUGGGGGACGGAGGCUGUGCUCGCAAGUCUCAAGACACCCCUCGGAGUUUGCUCUCGUCAGACCCGGUGAUGCCUGUGAAUCGGUCGGGAUUAUCUCAGAUCCCUUGUAACCCUUGGCCUGCUUGCUCCCUCAAGAUCUUCCUUGACUGGGUGGUGGAUGAAGCGGAGACUCUCUCAAGGGCGAAGCGUCUGCGCGAUGACAUCAGUCAGAUCUCCUUCUCCAACUGCUCGAGAAACUCCUGCAGCGCUCAAGAGAGGAUGAAGGAGAUCGACGAGCAAGUGAAGAAGGCUCAAGCCAUGCUCGACAGCUCCGAGGACACAGAGGCCAAGUACAACAAGGUUCAGGACGCCUUCUGGGAGAUGUGGCUGGCGUCGGUGGGUAGGCGAGUGAAGCAAGUGGAGGAUAUCGAUCAAGAGCUGAGAGAGAUCGACGAGCAAGAGUCAGGCGUGUGGCUGAACCAGAUGCAAGACCUCACGCUCGAUGCCUCUCUCCUCGGGGUCUACCAGGAGGGUCAUGAGCUAGAUGCCAGGAGGGAUCGCUCCUCCUCCUCCUCCUCCUCCUCCUCCUCCUCCUCGCCUUUGAUACAAGAGUUGCGCCGGGAGGAGGUUCUCAACAAGUCUUGGGAGCUGCAGAGACUUGGGGAGUCGAGCUCACUUGUAGACAACAUCAGACUUCAUGUCGAACAGAGGUCUGAAUGUUUGCUGCGUGAGCUGCUAGACGUCUGGCUGUCUAUGGAUGCAGUGGAGCACACAAGUUGCCCGCUGAACGGGAAGGGAGAUUGCUACAUGCGAUGCUCGAGAUACUGCAAAAACAGGGAUGAGGUGCUGCUCAAGGAGGUUGCGUCCUCCAAGUCCUCUGACUGGGGAACUGUCUAUUUCCGUCGACUCAACAAGAGCCUGAAGCGGCAGGCCAAGCACUCCCUCGGGCACAAGCUCUGUGUGAUUGUUCCCUUCCGAGACGGUUGCAGUGCGAUGAGUCAGGGCAAGGGACGACUUGAGAACCUGGAGGAGUUCCUCUACCACAUGCCUCUCUUCCUCGACACUGUUGGGGUCCCUGACUUCCGCAUCAUAGUCGCCGAGCAGUCUCAGCGAGGACACUGGAACAAGGGAAUCCUGUUCAAUCGUGGGGUUCAGCAUGCUGAGGAGCUCGGCUGUGACUAUCUUGUCAUGCACGACGUUGAUCAGAUCCCUGUCAGCGACAAGCUGACGCAUGAGUGGCCGAAGGAGCCACUUCAUCUCUGCACCAAUACGGAUCAGAAAGACUUUCGCUUCUACGAAGCCAUGGUUGGCGGCGCUUUCCUUCUAUCAGUGCAGCAUUACAAGGCGUUGAACGGCUACUCCAACAAAUACUUCGGCUGGGGACAGGAGGACGACGACAUGUACGAGCGUGUCAGGUUGGUGUACAAGAAAGUGAAACAUGUGCCAUCAAAACACGGCAAGUAUCAUGCGCUGAAGCAUGGGCGAGUGAAAGGGUUGGAUAUCACGGACCUCUUCCGCAACAACAGCAAAUAUCUCGCGAAGAUGCGACGGGAGGGAAAAAGGCUACACACGAAGGAUGGAUAUAACACGAUCGACCAGGUCUCCAAGGUCGUCCGGGUCGUCACGGGGCCUGUGGCAGCAGCAGAUGUACCAGGAGACAUGAAGGUCAUCCCUGAUGUCAGUUACGACCACCUCCUGGUCGAUGCUCUAGAUGCAGAAGGGCAGCCGUUCCCUCUAUGCUCGACCCUCUUCGACCAACACUCGCAAGUAGGAUGAUGACUAUGACGACGACGAUGGAGGAGAUGGUGGUGAAAGGGGAGAAGGAGGAAGGGGAGAAAGGAGGUGGAGGAGGAGGCUGGAAGGUUGUGCUAGAUUUCAAUCUAUGUCAACAGCGUCCUUAAACUUCUUAGAUG